CAGCUGCUCGCGUCGGCGCAGCCUCUGCCGGGCAGAUGAGGAAAGCGCUGGGUCGGGGAGAGGGGCUGGCGAGAGCUGCGGCCCGCCGCCAGCCGUGGAGCACACACGCAUGGGCUUUCCCCUCCAGAAAACGUUGAAAAUUAUAUAUGAAUGGUUGUGCGUUAUUAAAGUUGUGUUUUAUGCGAGACAAGAGUGGGUGCGUCUUUGUGUAUCGUUACUCUGUGGCAAAGGCUGCAGGGCUGGUGCAGCUGAGCGCGUCUGGGGCCGGCCUGCCUAUCCGGUGGGGGAUGGAUUUAACCCAUCAGCUGGAGAUGUUUCCUGACUGCACCGUGACGCUCCUCCUCUUUAACCACGUGAAAAAUGCCCCUGCCCUGAGGAAAAAAGCCAUGGAAGGAUCCAUUGAAGGAGCACUAAUAAACCCUGCAAUGAUUGUAGAUCCUUUUCAAGUUCUUGUGGCAGCCAACAAAGCAGUUCAUCUACACAAGUUAGGCAAAAUGAAGACCAGAACUCUCAAUGCAGAAAUUAUUUUCAGCCUUUCACCAAACAACAAUAUUUCAGAUGCAUUUAAAAAGUUCGGCAUUUCAGACAGUGACACAGCUGUGCUCAUUGUUCUUGUUGUGGACAGAGAAAAGUCUGUAAAUCUGGAAGAUAUAGCAUCUCGGGUAGAAGGCCAACAGGUUUCUCUAGAUGAACUCCCCCAGCUGACAGAUACUGCCAAAGUUAAAAAGAUGUAUAAAGUUACUCCGCAGGAGGAAAAAAUCAGCACCUUAUUGGAUAGUAUUGUUUGCAGAAUGUCAACAAAAGAUGUUUUAUGAAAAUGUGGAAAUAAAGGGUUUUUUUAAGGAAAAAGGGCUUUUUAAUAUGUAAGAACACUUAAUUGCAAUUCAUCCUGCAUUUCAGAAAAAGUGUUAUAGUACUGAGCAGUGACAUCUGAGCUUUAACCAUAAAUGAGCAAGCCUGGAUAGAGGCAUAAUCUGAGCUAUAUUCUAAGCACUGAGAACAAUUCUGUGCAAAGCAGAAUUUGCCAUUGGCAUUUUUGUCCAUUUUCCUAAAACAGAGAAAAACAAAAAGGUGCUUUUGCCAGUACCAUAAGCGGAUCAUGAACAGAAGGCUUGGAAAUCUGUACUUAGUUUUGUCUUUCAUCAGAUGUUUUGCUUGUCCUAGAUAGGAUUUAAAUGCUGUAAAUCAUUUUUUAUUAGCCCUCACCCGAUUUGUUUGGAACCCAUGAUGAAUUACAUCCUUUUAACAGUACUGCUGCCAGAAAAGGUGUCUCUGGCAUGAAGUCUUGCUGAUGGACUAGAAAAAGGAAAAUUUACAUAAAUUAGCAUCAGUGCCUCCCUCCUGCUCACUGUUCAGGGACAAGAAGGGAGGGGA